CGGCGGCGCGCGCGCGGGACGGGAGCGGAGCGGCGGCGGCGGCGGCCUCGGGACCGGCAGCGGCACCGGGAGCGGGUCCGGGACCGGCGGGGGCCGCAUGUGCGGGAGGGGGGCGGCGAGGACGGCUUGGGGCCGAGCCGGGAGGAGCUGCCGGAACCGCCGGAACCGGCGAGCAGCCUCGCUCUCCGCUGGGAUUUAUGGAGGUGCUGAGAAGCAGCUUUGAGCACUGCAGCCCCCGGCCGCCUCGCCUCGCCCGGCGUCCCGACCUUCGGAUUUAACCAUUCAAGGCUCCCGUGCAUGGAUUGCCCGAGCCAGGCACCGCUGCCGGCCACCGCCGCCGCCGCCCCGUAGGCUCCCGGCCGCCCUUGCCGCCCCCAAGUACUCCACAUACCCCGAUGGGGUAACGUGACGGGGCCACCCCCGUGCCACCACCAUCCCCAUACGCAGAGGCCUUUCUAGAGCGCGGCACCGGAGGCGACAGCCGCUCGCCAUUGCACACGCCGAGGACGCCGACACUACAGCAAAGGGAUUUUUAUUUUGUUUUUUUGUUGUUCUUUUUUUUUUUGUAAUUAUUAUUAUUAUUAUUAUCAUUAAUAUUAUUACUACCGUUUGGCUUUCACCCCGGGGGGGCUUGCGGUGUGUCGAGGAAGCCGGCGCACUCCCAGGAGCUGGGAUUAUUUGCACAACGUUUGUACAUUGAGUUCUCGAUCCUGUUUUUGGUGUUUUUUGUUUUUGUUUUUGUUUUUUUUUUAAAGCGCAGAGGGGUGUUGGGUUCUCUUUUCCCCUCCACGCCACGCUUUUCUUGGGUUUUUUCCCGCCCCCCCACCAUCAGCAUCACCUCUGCGUCACCGUCCUCCCAUCCCACCAUGGCCCGGAUGAACCGCCCUGCGCCGGUGGAGGUCUGCUACAAAAACAUGAGGUUCCUCAUCACUCACAACCCCACCAACGCCACACUCAGCACCUUCUUGGAGGAUCUGAAGAAGUACGGUGCCACCACAGUUGUGCGAGUGUGCGAAGUGACCUACGACAAGACCCCCCUGGAGAAGGACGGCAUCACCGUCAUGGACUGGCCGUUCGAUGACGGAGCUCCUCCUCCCAGCAAGAUCGUGGAAGACUGGCUCAACUUGCUCAAGACCAAGUUCUGCGAAGACCCCGGCUGCUGCGUGGCCGUGCACUGCGUGGCCGGCUUGGGGCGCGCUCCUGUCCUCGUGGCACUGGCCUUGAUCGAGAGCGGGAUGAAGUACGAGGACGCCAUCCAGUUCAUCCGACAGAAGCGCAGAGGAGCCAUCAACAGCAAGCAGCUGACGUACUUGGAAAAAUACCGACCAAAGCAGAGACUCCGAUUUAAGGACCCUCAUAACCACAAGAACAAAUGCUGCAUCAUGUAACCUCAACGACCUCUUGCCAAAACCCGUGCACACAGACACCCCGGGCACUCGCACGCGUCCCCCUCCCUCCUCCCAGCCCUGCGCACCCCACGCACUGCCCUGCUCGCGGACCCCGCUAAUAGGGGUCGGGGUUUUGGGGGGACAUGGAGCACCCCUGAUGUGUGCCGGCACCCGGAACACGCUCACCUUGCGGAAUCUCCCCCCAAAAAAAGGAUGCUCAGUCCAGUCAAAGCCCCGAGGAGCGAAGGCGGUGCUGCCCUUUGACUCCCGGUGCUAGCAGGCAAUGAGUUCCCGUGGUGCCGGUUCUCUGUCGCCUUCCUCCUCCUCUUCCUCCUCCCCUUCCCCUCUUGUUGCACUGAGAGCAAGUCCCGGCAUGAGGAGGGAUGGAUGGGCACAGGGGCACUUGGUUUUGGGGGAUGCGGGCCAGGCUGUGCCAGCCAAGGAGGGAUGGGGAGCAGGAGGGCCGGGGUACCCCAAAUAAAAACCUUUCCCACCUCUUCCCUAAAAAUAAGGGCUGCAGCAGCAGGGAUAGGGGUGGUGAUGGGAAGGAGGGAAGAAGGGGGUUCGUAGCAUGGUGCUGGCCCUGUGACCUCAGGAAGGGCUGAGCUAAGCCCCCCCAGCACCAUUCCCUUUCUCCUGCCCCCCUCUCCAUCACCAUCUCCCUGUGGGGAUCACGGGGGGCUCGCAGCCCCUCCAGGUCCCGCAGGGCUGCAGCGAAGGCAGAGGCACCAGGAAAUUUGGGGAUAGUGGCAGGGCUUUGAGGCACCCAGCUUUUGGGGACGCAGAGUCAGCGCUGGGUCCCUCCAAAUGCAGGGUGCUCUUAUUUAUAGCUUCCAAACUCAAAGUAGAGGGUGGUGGUUUCUCUCUCCCCGCAUCCCCCCAGCUGAGCUCGCAGCGAUGCUGCAGCACCGAGCGUGUGCUCAGCAUCUUUCCCAUUGCAUCCCCAAGCCACGGGGCAAACCCAAAUUCUGGCUGUGAUGCCCUGGGAACACAAAAGUGCAUCUCGGGGCACAUCCACAUCCUCCAGCAUGGCGUUUGCUGGCCAAAGGGCUGGGCUGUGGCUUUCCUGGGGGAUUUGGAGUGCUCCUGGCAAGAGCGUGUCACCAAAUUUCGCACCUGCCUUUCCCCUCUCCUCCCCCGUGGCAUCUGCACUGCGUGCGCUUGGCACCCCAAAAAGCCUUGGUGCGUGCCAUGGGGUGGGUGCAGAGCUGCCCCCAAGCCGGGACGUGAAACAUCUCUCAACUUUCUGCCUUUGAACGCUUGCAGCAGCGGGAGUGGUGGGCACAUAGGGGGCACAGGGGUGUUUUUUUUUUUUCUUUUGAUGAGGGUAAGAAGAAAUUUGCUAAUUAAAGGAAAAAAAAAAAAGUUUGUCUUCCGCACGUCCUCUGGCCUUUCUUUCUCCCAUCACUGCCCUGCAGAGCUCGGGAGGUAACCCACAGCCACCCAGCCUCAUCCUCAGCACCAUCGGGGUGGGACAGCCCAUGGGGUGGGACAGCCCACACUCCCUUGGGUUUCUCUGCCCCUUUCCAGGCUGUCGGUGCCCACAUCUCACGGGGAAGGUGGUGGUGGCCGAAGGGUGGUAAGGUGAGCUGAUAAAAGCUGUAUCUUGUAUUAAAACAAUCCCUCUGAGUCAGCAUCCCUUUCCUGCUGAUUUUCCCAAUCACGUCCUGCUGCUAAAAUAAGUGCUGUGACAAGGGCAACCCCAAUCCCUCUUGGACCUGUGGAAGGUUUAGGAUAAGACUGGGAACCACCACUGAGGGUACGGAGGUGUUUCUGCCCUGGGAAAGGGAGGAGAAAUGUUCUCACCCAUGCUCACAGGAGCACUGCACAUCAGAUCACCCGGAGAAAGAUUUUGGGGGUAACGCAGGGAGGGAGGCAGGCUUGGCAGCGCUUCUUCGCUUCAUGUAGCAUCCACCCAACACCUUAAAAAUAGGGAGCUUGUAGCAUUAAGAGCAGUCCUUGACCUGGAAAAAUCCACGUGGCCAAAUCCUGAGCACCCCUGGCCGGCAGAGCAGCGCCUUGAUGUCCUCCGGUUUUGUGAGUCACUGCGAAAGAAACCAUGCUGCUUUAAUUGCCCUACUUUUUUUCUUCCUUUUUUCUCCUUUUUUUUUCUUUUUUCUUUUUGAAUGGAUGUGUUCCCCCUGUCCUGGAACUUGCUGUCACCUCCCGCAUGCUGCUCCAUGGACGGGACAACCAGGAGCUGCCAUCCUUGCAUGGAGGGUUUGAGACCUCUCCAUGUUGAACUGCCAAAUAUUUGGGAUUUUUUUUUGUUUGCCUUUUUUUUUUUUUUUGGACUUGGGCUCCUACCUCUGAGGUACCAGCUCCUCAAUGUUUCAGCACAAAGCCAGUUACAGAAACAACCGGCUAUGGAAAUGGAGUGGUCUUCCAAUUGGGUUUUGGGUAAGAAAUCUCAGAUAACCCAAUUCUUUCAAUGUCUGGGGACAGUAAGGGGGAAAGUUGGAGCUCGGUAGACAUGCAGUGCCUGAGCGAGUCCCGAGUGACCAAGAGCUCAUGGUUUGGGUUGAUUUUAGGGUCCCUUUUUACGGUAAUCUAAUCCUUGUCUCACCUCAGAUGCCGAGACAUGUUGAAAAGGGAGAGGUAAAAAAUCCGACACAUUUACCAGUUCUGUUACUGCUCCAGUUGUCUCCAUUGGAUCUUCCAGAAGACCUAGGGAAUGAAUCCCCCAUGGCUUUGGCUGCAAGCAAACCAUGUGAGCCCGCCCUGAUCUGCAGAGGCAAAGGCACAAAUGGGGUUUUAGCCUUCUGCACCCCUAUCCCCCCUCCAUGGAAACCCUCCAUCUGUCCAGCAUCCGAAGGGACUCAUCUCCAAACCACCUACAAGGUCUCCAGAGACCCAAGCGAUGGCAAAACCAUCAAGCCAAGAGCUCGUAGGCUUUGCCCAGGAGUAAAUCAUGGCUGAAUAUCACAUGGGGGAUAAACCCAAGCAGGAAUUCAUGGUUGGAAGGAGGACAACGUGGCCAUGAAAAAUGGGCAGCUCUUUGCUUAGGGAAGUUCUGGUGGCAGACUUUGCAUUUGUAAAUUCAUAUUCUUAAUCUUGAAGCUUGGGCUGAGAGCAUCGGAUGAGGUUUGUGAGUAACAGAUUCUCCAAGGAUGCAAAGGGUCUUGCUCUGGCUACAACAGAAUGAGUCAAUUUAUUUUAUUUUAUUUUUCUUGGGUUUGUUUGUUGUUAUGUUUUUGUUUUUUUUUUUUAAUUAGUCCCAGUGGGGAAACACCCGGGGAGAUUCGUGACUUCCAUGCAGUUUCCAGGGGCUUCUAUCUUAUUUCCUUCCAGCGGGCAGGGUAGGUGCAGUUCGGCGGGUGGCUUUGGAUGGGAUGCUGGCUGGUGGGAGAAAAAUGGGUCCAGUUUCUUUGCACGGCAGGGGUCACAGGCCCGUUGUGAUCCCACUCACAGGCUCCAGCAGACAUUCCCGGGGAGGGGGGCGUUUCGCUGCGCUCAGCUUCCCUUUAGACGACGAUCUCCAAAUGAACCCUCGACUUCCCCGCUGUUUCUUUCUGUGCAACAAAGGACUGAAUAUUUUCCUUUUUAACUCCGUGGGCAAUCGUAGUAGUAUGUAGAUUAAGCCCAGAUGAUUUUUUUUUUUUUUU